AUGCUUCGAACCAUUCACGCUAUCCGGACACCACAUCGGUUGUUGAAACUACAAUUAUCAAACCAAUUACGCACGGUCACAACAACUGCAAGUGGCAAGCCCGAAGGAACCAUAGCAGACUCGUUUGCCUCACUAUCUGGUCAGCAGUUCGAAGCGCUAGAACCUCGAUUCGCGACGGUGAAGGAAAAUCUCAUUCGAGGAAAUGAGGAAGCUGUGAAGGCAUCUUGGGAUAGAUUGCUCUUGACCUUGAAAGACGAAGUACAAGAGAUCAAGCGAGUGGGCUCGUCCAUCGUACCUCAGAUUGACUUCAAGGAUAUCGAUACGCCUUCCGAGAAAUUCAGCAGCGAGUACAGAAAGCGUGGUGUUGCGGUCAUCAAAGGUGCCAUCCCCGAAGCCGAGGCACUUCAGAUGAAGGAAGACUUGAAAGAGUACAUCAAAGCAAACCCUCAGACCAAAAGUUUCUCGGCACAAGUCUUCGAGCUUUACUGGAGCAAAUCACAAAUUCGAGCAAGAGGUCAUCCCAAUCUGCUCAAAGCGCAACAGUUCCUGCUGAGCUACUGGCACUCGAAAGAUCCAAACGCAUUGUUCUCGGACACACCAAUCUCCUAUUGCGAUAGACUUCGUAUGCGUGAGCCCGGUGAUGCAAAGUUUGCCCUAGGUCCUCACGUAGACGGUGGAAGCUGCGAGAGAUGGGAAGACACAGGCUACGGAAGAGGUCAAGUCUACAAGGACAUUUGGCAAGGUAAUUGGGAGAAGUAUGAUCCUUGGGAGUCGAGCAGCCGCUUGCCUGUCGAGUCAGACCUUUACCAAGGAGCCGGUGCUUGCAGCGCUUUCAGAGCAGCACAAGGUUGGUUGAGCAUGUCUCAUACCAGUGCGUUCGAAGGCACUCUGCUGGUCAACCCACUUCUCCAGCUUGCGACCGCCUACUUCCUGCUCCGUCCGUUCUUCACUCCGACAGUUGGUCCCUCGGCUCGAGUGUCUGUUAGCGGAGCUAUUGAACAAGCCAAUACCGAGGAAUAUCUCUCACCAGAAAACUGGAAGCUCGAGGAUAAGCCAAGCUCGUGGCUGCAGGGAGCCAAUCUUGGUCGUGGUCAGGAGCUCAACGCACUUCUUCACCCUCAUCUCAACUUGCCCGAGACUAUGGUCCACAUACCCAAAGUGCAACCUGGCGACUAUGUUGUAUGGCACUGCGAUGGUAUCCAUGCAGUGGACAAGACACAUGCUGGGAAGAGCGACUCAAGUGUCCUAUACAUUCCCGCUUGUCCACUCACCGAGCGCAAUGCCGAGUAUCUCGUCCGUCAAAGAGAGUGCUUCCUAAGAGGCACGCCAUCGCCAGAUUUCCCUGGCGGUGUUGGCGAAGGCCAGCACGUCGGUCGUGCGGUGCAAGUAGACAUUGCUCUAGUGUCGGGAGUCGACGGCCUACGCGCCAUGGGGUUGGAGAGAUUCGAUGAGGGUAUGGGCCACACGCCGGGAGAGAAGCAGGUCAUGGCAAGCGCGAACCGCAUCCUUGGAUUCAAUUGA